GCACCAAAGGCGGAAGAGACUGCGUGAUCUGAUGGCGUCAUUUCCACCCCAGUGAGACAGAUGGCCAAUGAUUGGCGAGAGCGUACUAAUACAGUGCCUAUACUCGCUACAUUGAAACAACUUUUCGGAUUAAGGAUGUACUGUUGCUGAAAUCCUCACCAUGUUUCAUUAAGAUCUACCAUGAUAAAAGUGGCGCUUUCGUGUCAACGCAGCAAUGGAUCACUUCGAAGAGGAUUUAGUAAACGCCUUGAAAGAUGUCGUCAACUGUAGCAGCUGGCAGUGUUUGGGAGGAAAAUAUCUUUUUAAAUCCAAGUGCACCAAGCUAUAUUCUGAGGAUGGUGAAGACAUAGUUCUCGUGCACAUAGGAGAUGACCAGUUCUGGGCCAUGGAUUCAGCCUGCCCUCAUGAAGGAGGCCCCCUUGAUCUUGGUGAUAUUGAAGAUUUAGGCAAUGGAAAGCUGGCAUUGAUCUGCCCCUGGCAUCAUUUUGACUUCUGUCUGGAAACUGGAAUCUCCUCCACAGGACUGCAGAACCAAGUCUAUGAGGUUCGUGUGUUCAAUGGAAACAUUUACAUCCACACGCAGAACAUGCUGUCGCUAAGUCCCAUACAUGAGAAGACUGCUGCUUCCUCUGGCAGACUGCCUCCAGAGAUUCUCCCUGAUCCUUCUGAAGACACCCUGUGUUUCUGGGCAGCUAAAAUCCUCUGUACUGCUGACCCCAAGGAAAAGGUCGCACUGACACAGGAAGUUCAGGGGAGGUGGAACUCUGGGAAGAUAACGGAAGUGGGGCAGGCGGUGCCACCAGAGCAGCCGAGCCGGCAGGAGAGCCUGACAGUGCUGCAGCCGGGGAAGAUCAAGCGUGGUAAAGGAGGCACACUGGCCAGUAGGAUCGCUCUGCUACAUUCCCUGGCCAACAUCGAGCAGUGGGCCAUAGACCUGUCCUGGGAUAUCAUCGCCAGGUUCUCCACUGUCAGGCUGGGCAGUGGAGAGCCGCUGCCCCUCCAAUUCUUCAGCGACUUUGUCAAGGUGGCUGGGGACGAGGCCAAGCAUUAUGAUCUUUUAGAGCAGAGGAUAACAGAACUUGGCAGCUUUUUUGGUGCUCUGCCCGUACACAAUGGAUUGUGGCAGUCUGCUUCGGAGACGGCCCAUGAUCUGUUGGCCAGGCUGGCAAUUGUGCACAUGGUACACGAAGCCAGGGGGCUGGAUGUGCACCCUCAGACUCUAUCCCGCUUCGCAGCUCAGGGUGACCAGAGCUCUGUGAAGGCACUGGAGGUGAUCUACGCUGAUGAAAUUACCCACGUGGCCGCGGGCCUGCGCUGGUUCACCUACAUCUGCACCAAGGAAAGACGGGACUGCCUGUCGACAUUCCAUGAGCUGGUUAAACAGCACUUCCAAGGGUACCUCAAGCCACCUUUUAACAUUGAAGGAAGAAAAACUGCUGGGAUGACAGAAGAGUGGUAUCUGCCUCUAGUCAAGCCUUCCUGUUAACAGAAGAGACGAAGAGAUUAACAGGAGUCUUAGUAUGUACUGGUUCUGGAAAUAAGCCAUGAUCUGAACAGUCUCCUCUUUUAUCUGCACCAUGGAAGGAGGUCAUGAAUCACAGGAAAAGACGCCAAAAUCACUCAUCAGCAAUAGUCAGAAUUUUCAGCUUUUUGUGCAGGGUUGUGCAAGGGUUCUGAUCAAGGGCCCACACCUUACUAAAUUACUGCUCAGCUGUUGAUCAUAAGGUGACUCAGACUCUUCCAGAUUUCCUGAAGACAUUUCUGUUUCUUUUCAGUCCUGGGUGUAUGACAAUAACAUUGCUAUUUAUUUUUAAAUAUAUUUUUAUUUGAAAAAUGA